AUGUUAAAUAGCUCGUUAUAUUAAUCACCUUAAACAAAAAAUUUGAAAAGUGUGAUUGCCCCACAAUCUUCAAUUACUGAUAGGAACGUAUCUCCUAGCAGAGCUAAGAUUGCAUAGUUAAGCGAAAAGUUAUCUGGAUUACAGAUUGAAGAGGAUAAAACAUUAAAAAAGGAAGCUUAUGAAUAAAAGCUCAAGCUUUUUGACGAGAAAUUUUAAAAGGCUUACUAAAAUGAUUUAAGCAGACUUAAAAUAAUUUAAGACCAAUUGAGUAAAAUAGAAGAUGGAUUAACUAACGAAAAAAUAAUUAGAGAUUCAAGGGAUGAUAAUUUUAAGUAGAGAGAUGUUAAGGGAUUAGAGUAGAAUAUAGUUAAGGAAUUGUAAAAAGAUAAAACCUUGAGAAGGGAAUCAGAAUUGAAAGUGGCUAGAUUAAUUGAUGAAAAAUCAUAUCAAUAUAGAUUGGAAUUAGCUAAAUAAAAGAAAAUGAGAGAGGAAACUGAAGAACAAUAUUCAAAUGAAAUUGGAGAAAGAGUCUUAAACUUAGCAGAGGAUGUCUAAAAUGAAAGAAGAGAAAGAGAAGCCGCUUGCUAAGAGCUAAUUAGAAGAUUUGGAGAAUCUGUCUUUUAAAUCUAGGAGACUCUGACUAAGGAGAAACGAUAAAGAUAGGAAUCUCAAUCUCAAAUGUAUAGAAUGAUAGAUGAGAUGAAUAAUAUUUUAAAUUUAUAGUUAUCAGAAGAAAAAGCAUAAAGAGAAUCCACUGAAGAAACUAUGCUUAGACUGUUGGAUGAAACAUGUAACAGAGUGGAGAACUCAUUAAGAAGAUGAUCGGAUUUUAUCAUAUAUUUAAUUACAACAUUAUCUAAAGUCAUUAUUAAUUA